UGAAGUCAAUCAGACCGAUGUUUGUCUCCCUCUAUACAGGCGCAGAGGUCGGCUGCGCUCUCGACUUCUCUUGGUACUGUUGACUGCGGCUCUUGGGUCUCAGGUGCGAGCAGGGAGAGGUCGGAGGUCGGAGGUCAGUUUGGGUGCCCGGAUUGGUCGUCAGGCUGUCGUGACGGAGUGGGGGUCGUGGGGUCCGUGGAGUGGCUGCUCCAGCACUUGUGGGGAAGGGGUCUCCUUCAGAACUCGGACCUGUGUCAGGUUUUCAGAUGGAGAGGAAUGUCCGGGCGAGCAGCGACAGUACAGACUGUGUUCCCAGCAGCCAUGCUCUCCCAACGCAGGGGAUUUCCGUGCGAUGCAGUGUUCCCUUUACAACAGGAAGCCGAUACUGGGCAACAGGGCUCACUACCAGUGGGUGCCCUUCCUUGGAGCCCCGAAUCCCUGUGACCUGCACUGCUUGGCGGACGGACACAAUUUCUACUACACCUUCGGGAGGGCACUUGAUGGGACGUCCUGCCACCCCCAGGCUGAGGGGGUCUGUGUCAACGGGGGCUGUCUGGUGGCGGGCUGUGACGGGGUCCUGGGCUCCGGCUCGCGGAGGGAUGUGUGUGGAGUGUGCGGAGGCCGGAACGACUCCUGUUACCUGGAGCGUCGCGUGUUCCAAGGCAGGCUUCCCUCCCCCGGUUUCUUCGGCUACAUUAAUGUGACUCGGAUCCCAGCAGGGGCGACGAGCAUCAGAGUGACCGACAGCAGCCGUAAUUACCUGGCGGUGCUGGCUGCUGACCGCCGCUAUCUGCUCAAUGGGGAUUGGCUGAUCGAUGCCCCUGGGGUGUACGCUGGCGCCGGGACCACAUUGCACUAUCGCCGCACUUACGAGAACCACGAGACACUGGAGGCUGAGGGGCCCACUGCAGAGGAGCUACACAUCCUGGUUCUGCCACAGGAGCAGGCCCCAUCGAUUGAGUACGAGUUCUGGCUGCCUCGCGGUCGCUAUGGUGAUUUCCAUGGUGUGUCCAGCCCCUUGCGGCAGGCUGAGGGUGCGGCGAUGGAGGGACCGGCGUCACCAGUCAGUGCGGCUCACCGACAGACCGGCCCUCAAACCCCAGGGAUCCCACACAGCCUGCCUCCAGCAACCCAGACAAGCAAGCCCAGACUCCACAUACAGACAGGCAGAGACACUGCACAGCACACAGGUACCUGUGGAGUGUGCCGGGCAGCCAAAGGCAAGACCAGACGAGCCCAGCUGUACUGCAGCAGUGAUUUUGUGUUCCGGGUGAAGAUCCUGUCUCGUGUGGUCCAGGGCUCGGAGACGCGCUUGGAGGUGCAGGUGAAGCAGACCUACAAGAACCGCUUCGGGCUGGUGCACCGCGAGUUCGUGUGGCUCCCUGACACCUGCGCCUGCCCCCCUGUGCUGGAGCACCGGGAGUAUGUGCUGAUGGCUGUUCAACAUGUGAACCACGAGCGCACGCUGAACCGCAUCCUGGUGCCGAGGCACGGCUACGCCCGGCUGUGGAGCCCCAGGGAGGACCGGCUGCUCAGGGAGCUGGACGGACACUGCCGGUAGAGGGGGGCGGAGAGCAGGGAGCGGUCAGGGAGCUGGACGGACACUGCCGGUAGGGGGGCGGAGAGCAGGGAGCGAUCAGGGAGCUGGACGGACACUGCCGGUAGGGGGGCGGAGAGCAGGGAGCGGUCAGGGAGCUGGACGGACACUGCCGGUAGGGGGGCGGAGAGCAGGGAGCGGUCAGGGAGCUGGACGGACACUGCCGGUAGAGGGGGGGCGGAGAGCAGGGAGCGGUCAGGGAGCUGGACGGACACUGCCGGUAGGGGGGCGGAGAGCAGGGAGCGGUCAGGGAGCUGGACGGACACUGCCGGUAGGGGGGCGGAGAGCAGGGAGUGGUCAGGGAGCUGGAUGGACACUGCCGGUUGGGGGGCGGAGAGCAGGGAGCGGUCAGGGAGCUGGACGGACACUGUCGGCAGGGGGGUGGAGAGGAGGGAGCGGUCUUCCCUUCAGCUACGCUUGUAUCGUGAUUUAGGAAAUGCAGCCUGGAAAUACUAAUAAACCGCACCAGCGCCCCAUGAUCGAGUCAGGCAGUACAAAUGGUGUUACUUUCUAACAGAACAUUGCAAGGGGGCUUACCAAUACAGUCAAACAUAUAUUAAUGCCCACUUCUCCAUAACGACCAGUCGGGUGAUUCCCCGAGUGUAUGCACUGGUACGUAUUGUCACCUGUUUUACUUUUAAAUGGUCUCUUGAUCCGGAGUGGUGGUUAUAAACACGACUGGCUGUACCUCGCUUCCACACAGAGAUGAUCGCUUUCAGGACCGAGUACAGCAGGGUUGGAUCAGAUCACGGGAGAGCAUUGUGCUUCUGCAAUCUGCAAACCAAGUGCCUGGAGUUAAAAUACACGUUGAAAGGACUUUUUUUUUUUUAAGGACCCUCGUUGGAGCUUCAAGCAAGAGCAGCAUUCUGUUCUUGGCUGUAAAUAAGAACGAUGAACUAUAAUGCAAAGUGCAUGAUUACACACUUCGUCAGGGACCCAUUCACACAGACGGGAUACAGCAGUGCGGAGACAGAUGGUUACAGAUGCUUCUUAUACAAACUGCCAAGUUUUUAGCUGCAGGACUAACACAUCCCUCCCUACAUGGGCCUCAAUCAGACACCAGCCAGCACUGGCUGGUGAGGAGGCCCACUAAUUGGGUCCAGUGUUUAUCAUUUCUAUUGUUUACAAUUGAACCAAAUGGGUUUCAUUUUAAACAAAGCUUUAUAGUUAUUGUUUUACUACUUUAAAUACUAUCUCAUAGUACAUCAUAUACAGUAGUAAAAAAGAAAGAAAUACUGAAAUGUGAUUGUGUUAAAAACUUUAUUGUAACAUGUGUUUGUCAAUCACUAAUCCAAUGCAAUUUAGUAUUCUUUUUUUUUUGUACCCGUCGCCCUUUAGUUUAUUGAAUGCAUUACAGAAUCUGAGAGAACAGCACCACACGCAGGCAUUCAGUCGUUACUGCACUCCGACAGGAACAAAACACAUCAAAUACAAAGACGGUCAGGAAUGGGAUGGGGGGGCAUUGCUGCGGAGAUGUAAACUCUGACACAUGACCUAAAUAAACUGCAAAAAAAAAAAAAA